CACACAACACUAAUGCUUGGCUCUCGCCCAAACGAGCAACAAGGAGACUUUGGGCGUCGCAAUGCGGAGGAUUCAUCAAGUAGCCGCGAAUCGUCUCCCGUCCGAAAACCACCGCGAUCAUUCACUCCAACUUCCGACGAUGACAUCGACGUUGCCCAAAUCGUUGCUGGGGCGCGAGACGAGACUCCUCCUCCUCAGAACGCACCCAUAAUCCGCGCAAGCCUUGCUUUUGGCCAGACUGGGGCAUUUGGAACGCAAACACCUGUCAACACCUAUGCGCCAGUUACAUCAAAGAAACAAACCAAACGACUGUUUCUUCCAGGCCAGGAAAUCGCUUUGCCACCCAAGACACGCAAGAAACGUGAGCCUCGUUAUCCUGGUCAAGCCGGUCGAUUCAGGCUGGACACCAAUUUCGAUCCCACCCCCCGCCAACCGGUUCCGGCACCACCCACUAACCUAUCCGGACCUUCAACAUCCGGAGUUGUUGAACCAUACACUACUAAGUAUCGGAUGGACCCCAUGAAGAAAGUCAGGGAAGUUCUUGGCCAUCCUCCACCAACCCAACAAUCCAAGGGGAAGAGUAAGGCCGCCCCUCAGCAACACACUAGCGUUGGAUCGGACCUUUCUCCGGAAGAGGAAGAUGAACUGGAUCCAAUGCAACAACAGGGUGCUGACGCAUCGUCAAGCUCCAAGCGGAACUCAAAGGGAAAUCUAUUGCGCCUUGUGACAUUGUUAAUGGACGAUGUUCGCGGAGAAUCGCGCGUUUUCCUGCUCGCUGAAGUUUGGGUACUUCUUCGAGAAAGCGACAAUGUGAAAGAAGAUGGAUACUGGGCUCAUGCUGAAGACAUUUGCUCGAAGCUGCAGGCUAGUGCGGGGAGGAUUGAUGGGCCCGCUAAGGUCUCUGUUCUGCGAGGGAAAUAUCGACAAGUCAUUCUCCGAGUCAACGAGUACAACGAAGACAAUUGGAUAAGAGGCAACGUUAUUGUUGAACACGAUAGAACGCUGCAAGUUAUUGUUGAAAAUGAUUCUCCCCCGCCACGAGCGAACCACAAGCGGCGUCGCUCUAGGUCCGUUUCCGAAGAUUCUGGCCAUCGUGGCAGGCGGCGGCACCAGUCCCCUACCCCUUCUUUACCUGACUCCCGUACGAUGAGAGGCAUUGAUUCAGUUUCUAACGAAGCCAAAGAACAAGAGGAAGAAGAGGCUGUCAACAAGCGCAUAUCACAGGAAGUCAGCGACAUGCUGUCGGGGGAAAGCAACUGGGAGCAGUUUUAUCGUUCUCUGGGUCGCAGUCACCUCCCUGGCGUGCUUUCGUGCUACACGAUACUACAGUCCUUCGUGGAUAAGUUUGGCGGCAGGAUGACGCCGUCAGGCGUUCUAAUAACGCCUGCCCGAAUUGCUGCGGCUCUCAACAUCGAGGAUGUUGUCGACGAUAGUGCUGACAAAUAUAUGGAACGAUGUGAAGCUACGCUUCGCCUUCUAGCGUUUUACGGUCCUGCUGGAACAAGAUCGCAAGACGCGGAAGUGGCGAAGAUGGUUGACGACGAAUCAAUUCCGGGGUACGGCCACAAGCCGGAAGUUGUGCUAUUGCAGAGACUUCGCCGGCUUGACCAGGAAUGGCGCGAGGCACAUCCUACAACGUAA